AUGUAUGGUCACGCUGCUCAUGGGAUACCGUUUUAUCACCAAAACGUACGUCCCGGGCGGCGCCAGGAUGCGAAUGACGUUGGUUCGCCUUUGCGCAGUCCUUUGCUGGAUGAGUUCAGAGCAAACAAAGCGCGGAAGUGGGAGCUGAGGGAUAUCUUUGGCCAUAUUGUCGAGUUUAGCGGCGAUCAACACGGUUCUCGCUUCAUUCAACAGAAGCUCGAGACGGCUACUUCGGAGGAGAAACAAGGUGUCUUCGAUGAGAUCGUGCCUGAGAAUGCCUUGCAGCUUAUUCAGGAUGUCUUUGGUAAUUAUGUUAUCCAAAAGCUGUUUGAGCACGGGACGCAAGUGCAAAAGACUGUUCUCGCCAACACGAUGGAGGGCCAUAUUCUACCACUGUCACUACAGAUGUAUGGCUGUCGCGUUGUCCAGAAGGCGGUAGAAUUUGUACUGCCAGACCAGCAGGCAUCAUUUGUUAGGGAACUUGAUCCGCAUGUACUGAAAUGCGUGAAGGACGCGAACGGCAACCACGUCAUUCAAAAGCUGAUCGAACGCGUGUCACACGAGCGGCUGGGCUUCGUCAACUCGUUCAGGGGUAACGUAUAUGACCUCUCCACGCACCCAUAUGGCUGCCGUGUAUUACAACGAUGCUUUGAACACCUGCCUGAAGAACAGACACGUCCCCUCAUGGAUGAGCUGCAUAAGUACAUGAUCAAUCUCAUGCAGGAUCAAUUCGGGAACUACGUCGUUCAAUUUGUCCUCGAGCAAGGCAAGCCUGAAGAUCGUAAUCAAGUCAUCGCCAAGCUUCGUGGUCAGAUGCUGAAUAUGGCUCGCCACAAAUUCGCAUCAAACGUCUGCGAGAAGGCGCUCGUUACCGCUGGUAUUGAGGAACGUCGUGUCCUUAUCGAUGAAAUCAUCAUGCCGAAGGCGGAUGGUGUUAGCCCAAUUGUGUCCAUGAUGAAGGACCAAUUUGCCAACUACGUUCUUCAGCGGGCACUAACCGUGGCAGAAAACGAUCAGAAGGAUGUUCUAAUUGCCAAGAUCCGUCCACAGCUCGUCAGCAUGCGCAGGUACUCAAGUGCCUACAGCAAGCAUCUCAUUUCCAUUGAACGUCUUCUGGAACGCACGGUUAAUUCAAAGGCUUCGGAUAAACCCGCGGACUACCCUUCACUAUCGCACAAGCAAGUCAACUAA